AUGGCUUAUGCUGCUGUUACUUCCAUUAUGAGAACCAUACACCAAUCAAUGGAACUUAUUGGAUGUGAUUUGCAACUGUUUUAUGAAAAGCUCGAAUCUUUGAGAGCUAUUCUGGAGAAAUCCUGCAAUAUAACGGGCGAUCAUGAGGGGUUAACAAUCUUGGAAGUUGAAAUGAUAGAGGUAGCAUACACAACAGAAGCUAUGGUUGACUCGGAAUCAAGAAAUGUUUUUUUAGCACAGAAUUUGGAGGAAAGAAGCAGGGCUAUGUUGGAGCUUUUUUUCAUCUUGGAACAAGCACUAGAAUACAUUGAUUCCGCCAUGAAACAGUGGAUGGCAACAUCGGACAGCAUGAAAGAUCUAAAGCCACAAACUUGCUCACUUGUCAGUUUACCUGAACAUGCUUUUGAGCAGCCCGAGAAUAUAAUGGUUGGCCGUGAAAAUGAAUUUGAGAUGAUGCUGGAUCAACUUGCUAGAGGAGGAAGGGAACUAGAAGUUGUCUCAAUCGUAGGGAUGGGAGGUAUCGGGAAAACAACUUUGGCUACAAAACUCUAUAGUGAUCCUUACAUUAUGUCUCGAUUUGAUAUUCGUGCAAAAGCAACUGUUUCACAAGAGUAUUGUGUGAGAAAUGUA